AUGGCCCUUCAAACAUUCAAAUAUAGUUUGUUUGUAGUCCGGAAUACAAUAAAAAGUAGACAAACAAAAAAAUAUGCAUUCCUUUGGUGUCAUAAUAUUUGUUCUAAUAGUACAAACAAAAAUAAUUUAAAGUUUCAAAUCAAGGAAAAAAAUGAAAUUAACUUGCUAAAAAUUUUAACAGAUAAAAAUAUAACACCAAGUAGUGUAACUACGAAUUGUGAUAUUGUAAAUACUAUUGGAAGUUUUAGAGUCCUUGGGAAAAAUAAUAAUUUAGAAUAUGAUAGAAUUUUAUACAAACCAGAUAACUAUGAUAAGUUAAAAGAAUUUGUAAAAGCUAUAGAGAAAGACGAAAAAAUAAUAAACAAUUAUGAGAUAUAUUAUUAUGAAGAAAAUCUUAAUAAUAUAAAACUAAAUAGAGAUCAAAAACAGAAUGAAAUAUUUAUAAAUAUAGAAGAUAUAUUAAAAGAUAAAAAAAUAGCUAGUUAUGAAAAAAAAAACUUUCUUGAAAAAAAAAAUAUAAAUAAUCUUUAUUAUUAUAAUAUACAAAGAUAUGAACAUAAUUCUGAUCCAUCUUCUUUUUUAAUUGAUAAAAGACGACUAACAAAAAGUGAAUAUAGAUAUCAAUAUAUAUCAACAAUUUUACCAUAUAUAUGUUUUGCUUUUAUGUUAUUUUUCCCCCAUUUUUUAAUAUGUUUAUAUAUACCAUAUAUAAAAGAAAAAAAUAAAAAGCACAGAGAAAUAUGUAAAGUUAUACAAAUAAAACAAAAUAUACACCUAUAUAAAGAUAUAAAAACUGAUAAUAUUACAAGUAUAUUAGACAAUAAUAUUAAAACAAUUAUUUUAUUUUAUAAUAGUAAAUUAUUUUUAAAUAAAUAUAUUAAAUCAUUAAUGAUAGACUUAUCCAAGAUUUUUAAAAAUAACUCGAUACCUAUUAAUAUUGUAGGUAUAGACACAUCAAAACAGAAUAUACCAUAUAAUGUUAUAAAAGAUAUUAAUAAUAAUCAUUAUCCGUUGCUUUAUUUUAUUUUGCCAUAUCAUUAUGACAAUGAUAGUGCCGUCCUUAAAAUUGAAAACCCAUUCACUUUUGAAAGUAUUCUUUUUCAAAUCAAGGACUUUGUUUAUAUCCCCGAAACGGUUAUGCAGCAAAUAAAGGAACUAAGCAUUAAGACUAAACUUCUCAAAAAAUGCAUUUUUGAGCAUGAAAUAGUUGGGAAGAGAGACGAAGAUAUUUUAUAUGAGUAUGGAAGUGAGUUAGCUCAUUUGUCUUGUCUUCAAUAUAGUAACAAAUUAAUUUUUUAA